CGUGGUGCCCUGCGGCGCCGCCCGCCCCUGCGGUUGCCCCAAGAUGGCGGACCGGCGGCGGCAGCGCGCCUCGCAGGACAGCGAGGACGACUCGGACUCGGCCGCCUCCGACAGCGGCGACUCCGCCGCCAGCCCCGCCCGCUCCCGCUCCGGCUCCGCUUCGCCGCGGCCUUCACACCGCCCUCCGCGAGGCGCCGCCGGAGCUCUGAGCGCCGGGCCGCGGGGCCGCGGGGCCGAGAGCGCCGCCGGGGGAGGGGCGGCCAAAAGCGCUCCGCAAUCCGAGUGUGAAAGCGAGGACGGCAUCGAAGGCGAUGCUGUGCUGUCGGAUUAUGAAAGCGCAGAGGACUCGGAGGCAGAGGAAGAGGAUUACAGCGAGGAAGAAAGUGCCAAAGUGGAACUGAAGCAGGAUAGCAAUGAUUCCUGUGAGUCUGCAGCAAAAGCAGAGAAAGGGGAUGAGAAACUGGACUCUAAAGGUGCUGUAACUGGUGAAAGGCAAAGUGGGGACGGGCAGGAGAGCACCGAACCUGUUGAGAAUAAAGUUGGGAAAAAAGCUCCCAAGCACCUGGACGACGACGAGGAUCGGAAGAACCCGGCUUACAUCCCACGCAAAGGGCUCUUCUUUGAGCAUGACCUCCGGGGGCAGACGCAGGAGGAGGAGGUCAGGCCAAAGGGUCGGCAGCGAAAGCUGUGGAAGGACGAGGGCCGCUGGGAGCACGACAAGUUCCGGGAGGACGAGCAGGCCCCCAAAACCAGGCAGGAGCUGAUUGCACUGUAUGGCUACGACAUCCGCUCUGCUCACAACCCUGAUGACAUCAGGCCGAGGAGAAUGCGCAAACCGAGGUUUGGGAGCCCCCAGCGAGACCCAAACUGGUCCAACGAGCGGCCCAACAAACCCCCACGGCACCAGGGCACAGACAGCACUUCUGCUCCCCCACGAACCUUCACCAGCAGGAGCUCUGCGGGAACGGGGAGGAUGCCCCCUCCCAGGAACUACCCGAGGGUGGGAGGCUACAAGGAGACCCGCCCGGGGUACCGAGCUUCAGAAGUGAGUGUGCAACACCCGUCCCGAAACAGUGAGCAAGGCAAACAGGAGAGCGGCUAUCGAGCGAAGCGUGUGGAGCAGAGCCCACCGAGAGAGAAGUCACCAGAAGUGGAAGCAGUGCACGUCCAUGGCAGUCCUGUCAAGGAGGAGGGUGCUCUGGAAAACCAGACCGACGCCGUGCAGCCGCCGCCAGACCGACCAAUUGAAAAGAAGUCUUAUUCCCGGGCAAGGAGGACCAGAGUCAAAGCUGGGGAUGCGGGGAAGCUGGCAGAUGAUGUGCCUGCUCUGGAAGCUCCUGCGACACCAAAACCCAUCCAAGCUGAGACGUCCCCCCCACCAGCAAAGAGCAGCAACUGGGAGUCACCAGUGGAAUCCAGCUUGGAUGGACUUGAGCAGGAGAUGAUUCAGAUGAAUCUGACAGAGCAGAACUGGAGUCCGGGGCAGUCUCAGUUCAUACAGCCCCGGGAGCUGCGGGGUAUUCCUAACCAUAUGCACGUGGGAACUGGGCCACCCCCUCAGUUCAACAGGAUGGAGGAAAUGGCGGUGCAGGGCGGCCGUGUGAAGCGCUACUCCUCGCAGCGGCAGAGACCGCCAGUGCCAGAGCCUGCCCCCCCCAUGCACAUCAGCAUCAUGGAGGGGCACUACUACGACCCACUACAAUUCCAGGGACCAAUCUACACCCACAGUGAGAACCCAGCCCCGCUGCCGCCCCAGGGGAUGAUCGUGCAGCCAGAAAUGCAUCUCCCUCAUCCAGGUUUACAUCCCCACCAGACAGCAGCCCCGAUGGCAAACCCUGGGCUCUACCCUCCGCCGGUCUCCAUGCCCCCAGGGCAGCCCCCGCCGCAGCAGCUGCUCGCCCCGACUUACUUCUCCCCGCCUGGAGUCAUGAAUUUUGGGAAUCCUGGCUACCCGUACCCCCCGGGAGCGCUGCCCCCGCCGCCCCCUCCACACCUCUAUUCCAACACACAGCAGGCGCAGUCCCAGGUGUACGGGGGGGUCACGUACUACAACACUGUCCAGCAGCAAGUGCAGCCCAAGCCCUCACCACCACGGAGGACAUCCCAGCCUGUCACCAUCAAACCGCCGCCUCCCGAGCUUCUCGUUGCAGGUGGUAAGCAGGGCUCCAGUUAAUUUGAGUUUCUAAAUACUUUAAAUCUAACCCACGUAAAAAGACAGCAAAGGUGAGAAGGUGAAGGAGAGGAGCAGCACGUAGGGAUGCGGCCGUGGAACCCCAGCGUCGGACCCAGCAGUUCUGCACCAGGAGGCCCCGCCUGGCUGGGAUGAGAUGCCAUCAGCCACGGCUUUGCUCGGGGCGAUCGCCUCCAUCCCCGGACCACCCCCCGGCUGCCGGCCCUCCUCCCCUCCCCUGACCCUCAGGCAGCACCAGGGUCAGUGGCCGUGAGGUCUCACCCACUUCCCCCUUCUACUGAGCCUCCCCUUCUCCCUUUCUAGGAUGUUCAACUCAGCUGCUUGAUUGUGGUCUCUGUUUUUAUUUAAGGAAUGAACCGGCUCCUUCAGUAAAGCUGAUUUGUUUCUUUUGGGUAUUUGGAA